CUAAGCUGCUCCUGACACAAAGGACUGGGAAGUUGGGCCUUUUCUGCAUCUCCAAGUCCUGCCCGCGGGCGAGCGGUGUGAGGAGAAGGAGCUCUUGUGCUGGAUUUCAGGGCGUGUUCUCCUGAUGCAGCUGUGAUUUCCCACAGAUCCCUCGUGAGGACGGAAUCUAGAGGUGGAGGCGAAGGCAGAAAUGGCUGGUUCUCAGGGACAGCUGACCUUCAGGGAUGUGGCCAUACAAUUCUCUGAGGAGGAGUGGGGACAUCUGACCCACUCUCAGCAGCAACUGUACAGGGAUGUGAUGUUGGAGAACUACGGACACCUCCUCUUCUUGGGUCUCACUGUGUCAAAGCCAGACCUGAUCAUGUUUUUGGAGCAAGACAACCGGCUCUGGGAUAUGAAGAGAAAGGAGACCGGAGGCUUCCAUCCGGGUAGGUGGGAAUGA